AUCCGUAUUGUCUGAAACGGUGAAUAGUUGAUGAGGCGUCGGCGCAGGUAACAAUUCGAAUAAUUCCAUAUUAAUUCACGUUCACGGGUUUUCGAAUCUUUCCAAGAAAACCGUUAUCAUUCAAGGACUUUUAAAUGUGAAAAUGAUUCGAAAAUAAUUGCGUUUUUUCUAUGUUUCCAAUAUAUAUAUAUGUCUAAGGAGAUGAAACAAAAUCGUAAUAUUGUUUCGAAUCUGAUAAACGUGAAUAACGAUGUGUUUCAGGAUUGGGUUAGUUUUAUUCUUUGCUGUGUUCGCUUACGUUGUUCUAUGUGAUGGUGAUGAUGGUUGCGAUGAAGUGGAUCCUCCCCUGCAGACGAUGAAGCAUAAGGAUUUAGUCAAAACGAUUUCCUGCAUUAAUGAAGCUCAAAACAAGACUAUUUGCAAAAAGUUUCAUCACUGUGAAGAAAAGAUGCCAAAAGUGGUGAAAAAGGAAUUUAAGAAUUGUGACAAGGAUUAUUCCGGUGAAGGAACUAAAAAAUGCAUGAAAGACGGAUCGAAAAUGUUCGAAUCUAAAGAUCACCCAGAAAAGAUCAUGAAAUGCAUGAAAGAAAAAAGCCCAGAGAUGGAUGAUGAGGACAAGAAGGAUAUGAAACACUUUGAAGAAUGUAUAAAAAAGCUACAUCAGGAACAUUGCAAUAUAACUAAAGCUGCCGAACUGUGACCGUCACUUUUCAAGCAGACGAAUUUACUUGAUCUGUACUUUCGAUGCACACCUAUGCAGUACACUUAUUAAAUAUGUUCACUUUUAAAUAAAAAUUAAUAAAAUAAUUUA